UGCGUGCCAGGGAUACUCGCACUCCGGGGGAUGCCGGUCCUGGGCUGGGGACUCUCACCCUAGGGGUGCCCCAUUUCGGGACGUGUCAUUCCCCUUCCGGAGGGACCCUCGGUCUGAAUGCGCGGGUGUUGGAGAGCUCCAGGACCCGGGCCAGCAGCUGCUGCAGUUGUGCCAGCGAGUGCUGGGGCAGACGCUGUUCGAGCGGCUGAUGAAGAUGACGUUCUACGGGCAGUUCGUGGCCGGGGAGGACCAGGAGGCCAUCAAGCCGCUGCUCCGGCGGAACCAGGCCUUCGGCGUGGGCGCCGUGCUGGAUUACAGCGUGGAGGAGGACCUGGGCGACGGGCGCUCCCGCACCUCUGCAGCCGACAAGGAGACGGGAGGAGCUCCUGGGGAGGCUGUAGGAGCUUGAUGGGGCAUGGCCCAUCUCCCUCCUCUCCCACCCCAGGAGCAGAAAAAAGGGAGAAGCAAUACCGAGUGCAUCUGGGAUUUGGGGAUCACCGUGGUGGAAUCACUGGGGCCCACUCCUAUUUCUACGCAGAUGAGGCCAAGUGUGACCAGCACAUGGAGACUUUCCUCCGCUGCAUUGAUGCCUCAAGGGGCUCCUCAGAGGACGGAUUCUGUGCCAUCAAGAUGACAGCGCUGGCCAGACCCCAGUUCCUGGUGAGUUUCUCAGAGGUGCUGGUGAAGUGGCGGAGGUUCUUCCACCAAAUGGCUGCAGAGGAGGGCCAGGCUGGGCGGGCAGUGCUGGACACAAAGCUGCAGGUGGAGAAGCUGCAGGAGGCACUGGCCAACCUCGGCAUUGCAAGCAAGGCAGAGAUCCAGCAGUGGUUCACAGGCGAGAACGUGGGCACCAGUGGCACUGUGGACCUGCUGGACUGGAACCGCCUGUUGGACAGCCGCACCAAGCUCUCCAAGCCUCUGCUCAUCCCCAACAGGAAGACUGGGCAGCCGGAGCCUCUGCUGUCGCGCUUUGGUGAGGAGGAGGAGCAGCAGCUGAAGAGGGUGCUGCAACGCAUGGACGUCCUCGCAAGGAGUGCCAUGGAGCAGGGCGUGAGGCUGAUGGUGGACGCGGAGCAGAGCUACUUCCAGCCGGCCAUCAGCCGCCUGGCGGUGGAGACGCAGCGCCGCUUCAACAGGAGCCAGCCCGUCAUCUACAACACCCACCAGUGCUACCUGAGGGAGGCUUACAACAACGUGACAGGGGACAUGGAGCUGUCCCACCGCGAGGGCUGGCACUUCGGCACCAAGCUGGUGCGUGGUGCCUACAUGGAGCAGGAGAGGGAGAGGGCGGCUCAGAUGGGCUACGAGGAUCCCAUCAACCCAACCUAUGAGAAGACCAAUGAGAUGUACCACAGGUGCCUGGACUAUGUCCUGGAGAAGAUCAAGCAAAGGUGGAAAGCCAGCGUGAUGGUGGCGACUCACAAUGAGGACACCGUGAAGUUCACCCUGCACAGGAUGAAGGAGCUGGGGAUCCAUCCCUCGGACAAGAAGGUGUGCUUUGGGCAGCUGCUGGGCAUGUGUGACCAGAUCACCUUCCCCCUGGGGCAGGCUGGUUUCCCGGUGUACAAGUACGUGCCGUUCGGGCCGGUGAAGGAGGUGCUGCCCUACCUGUCCCGCCGGGCGCAGGAGAACCGGGGCAUCAUGCAGCGGGCGAACCGCGAGCGGGACCUGCUCUGGAAAGAGGUCAAGCGGCGCCUCCUCUCAGGAAACCCCUUCAGCCCCUGAGCCCAGCCCGGGGCUCCUGCACCUUGGCCCUGAAGCACCGUCACCAUCCCCAGCCCGGCUCUGCUGCAGCUCCCCCAGCCCCUUUGCCCAGGAGAGAAGUGUCCUUGUUGCUGUUGAACCACUCGCGCCUUCGGUGGCCUCCGGGAUUGCCCCCGCUGGCGCUGCCCCAGGGAUGUCCCUGUGCCAUCCCACGGCCUCUGGAGCUGUCCCUGGGGGGGCUCUCCUGCCAGCCCACCCUGUGCCUUGAUGAACACUGUCCCGAUGUUUUUUCCCUGGCAGGAUUGCACAGGGUGAUUUAUCCACUUGCCUUGUGCCCAUGGGCUCAGGUCCAGGUGGGCUGGGUGACUUUGGGACAAGCUGGCCUCAGCCAGAAGCUCCUCCAGCCUUUGCCAGGGUUGGAGCUUAGCCUCCACCAGACCUCUGAAGGGGCAGGACCAGCCCCUGUUGCCCGUCCCUGCUACCUGCCUGCUCACUGGCUUUGCACUGACCAGGGCUGGGCAGGUCCAGGCUCUCCUCCAGCCCACUGGGAUAACCUGCCUGGGGUUGUCCAUCCUCAGGCACACGUCCAGGGGAGCAGGAAGGGUGAGGGGAGUGGGCUGGCCCCAUCCCUGAACCGUUCCUGCCCGCAGCCCCUGGUUCUAAUGCUGGACCAUGGCAGUGGGAGCACCAGGAGUUGGACCACAGCUCGUCUCUGCUGUACACUGGAUUUGUAGAGAAUGGAAAUGAUUAAAUCACAACUGUUCCUGCUGCCA